AUGAAAGCAGCGGACGACGUGGAGGAAGCGGAUCCAGGUGACGCGUCAAUUUUACCAAAUGACAAUGAGGAGGGGGACUGCAGUUAUAGCUGCGCAGUGGACAGUCCUCUUGGGGAGAGCCGAGGCGAAAUGACGGCAGAGGAAGGGAAUGGAGAAGCGGUAACACCUUCACACAACGACGCCACUUCAUACAAUGGCUCUCCCCAGAGCGAGGAAGGAUGUGCGAAGAGUGAAACACACAAAAAAAAGGAAGCAAACGAAUCGCUAAUUCAAGACAACGGGGGAAGACAGCUCAGCGUGCAAUUAAGAGAUGGUGAAGGGGAAAGGGAAGUAAUCACUGCGGGUGAAAAUGAAACGGAAGACGCCCCCUUAAGUGACGCCUCCUUCAGCGAGGCCUUCUUCGACCAGGCGUCCCAAUUUCAAAAGGCCCCAGAAGAACCGAAGGGGUACAGCCAAGCACAACUAGCAGAUUUAUACAAGGAGAUAAAAAAAUGUGAAACUCUCUUUUUGAGCCACUUCAAUUGCACAGGAGAUGACUCCACACAAAUGGAGAUGACAAGCAGUGGGGAUGAAGCGAAAGAAGAGAGGCAAGAAGAGAAAGGUAAAGUCAGCAUCAUUCCUCAGGUUGACUUCACUUGCAUGGAAACCAUUCCCCAGCUCAUACGACAUGAGGGCAUGUCCGACCAUGACGACCCACCCAUGGAAUGGCACCUCCGCAAGCACGUUCAACAAUUCACACAAGAACAGAAAAAAAAAAAUAAAAAAAUGAAAAUGAAUAAGUACUACAUUGGGGUUAAGAAUUAUCUGAAUACCUUGCCGCCCAGUCUUGACCAAAAAAUUUGUAAGUCAUUUUGUCUUGUCCCUUAA